AACAAAAACGUAUUUUGGACUUGGUAGAUCAGGUUGAUGUUGAAGAGCCAGAAGCUUUAGAUGUCGCAGGCGUUCGUAAAAUGAUUCUUAAACUUGAAAAAGCUAUAACCAAGAAUCAAGAACUUCGCGUCAAAUUCAGCGAUGAUCCAACAAAGUUCAUGGAAUCUGAAGCAGAUCUUGAUGAAGGGAUCAAACAUCUACUGACACUUACCGAAGUACCUGAUUUAUAUUCUCAAGUUGUUCAAAUGGGUGCCAUACCAUCUAUUGUUUCACUUUUGAGUCAUGAGAAUACAGAUAUUGCUAUAGACGUUGUAGAAUUAUUAAAUGAAUUGACAGAUGAGGACGUAGUUGCAGAAAAUGAUGAAGAUGCUAUGAAAGUUUUUAUUGACUCUUUGCUUGAAAACCAAAUACUGGAACUUCUGAUCCAGAAUCUUAGUAGAUUAAAUGAGGAAGAAUCAAAUGAUAAACAAGGCAUUUUCAAUACACUGGGUAUAAUUGAAAAUUUUACGUCAUUUGACCCAACAUUAUCAGAGAAACUUGUACAAGACACCAAUAUAUUACAAUGGAUACUGACGAGAAUCAAAGUCAAAUCAUUUGAUUCUAAUAAACAGUAUUGUAGUGAAAUAUUAGCAAUUUUAUUACAAAGUAGUCGAG